AACAAAUCAAACCGGCAAAGCAUCAAAAUAUAAAAGCAGAGGGAUACAAACUCGGAAAAAACUUUACAACCCUAAAGUUUUUGUCUCUCUCACACUUCCUAAAUCCCACUCUUUCUUUGUUCAAAUCUCAGGAAAAAGGUGAGGCACACAAUUAAACUCACAAUUCACAAUUCACAAUUCACAAUUCCCAAUUUCCAAAUUCUAUAAAUAAUUCCUCUUAAAAUCGCAAACUUUAGUUUUUCCUAAUCUCAUAAUCAAGGAAAAAUCUAACCAUAAAAAUGGCAACCAUUAGACUAACGUAUGCAAAUGAGUUGAUAUACUCAUCUCCAGUUUCCACUUCUUCUCACACCAAGAAUAGUUUCAAUUUUAAACCCAGAAAAUGGAAUUUUCCCAAAUCGACAAGAAAAUUAUUUUCUACUUCUUGCUCGUUUAUUCCAAUGGAAACAGCUAAGAUUAAGGUUGUGGGUGUUGGUGGUGGUGGUAAUAAUGCUGUUAACCGCAUGAUUGGUAGUGGUUUGCAGGGUGUUGAUUUUUAUGCCAUAAAUACAGAUGCCCAGGCCUUACUGCAAUCAGUCGCUGAGCACCCAAUUCAAAUUGGAGAGCUUUUGACGCGUGGAUUAGGUACUGGUGGAAAUCCGUCUAUUGGGGAGCAGGCUGCGCUAGAAUCCAGAGAAGCUAUUGAAAAUGCACUUUCUGGAUCAGACCUUGUGUUUAUAACAGCAGGGAUGGGUGGGGGCACUGGGUCAGGUGCUGCUCCGGUUAUCGCUCAAAUUUCCAAGGAUGCGGGUUACCUCACUGUGGGUGUGGUCACUUAUCCCUUUAGCUUCGAGGGCCGCAAAAGGUCAAUACAGGCACUGGAAGCCAUAGAGAAACUGCAAAGUAAUGUUGAUACUCUCAUUGUGAUACCAAAUGACCGUCUCCUGGACAUUGCUGAUGAACAAACUGCUCUUCAGGACGCUUUUCAGCUGGCUGAUGAUGUUCUCCGUCAGGGUGUUCAAGGAAUUUCAGACAUAAUCACAAUUCCAGGACUUGUCAAUGUAGAUUUUGCUGACGUGAAGGCAGUCAUGAAGGAUUCUGGAACUGCAAUGCUUGGAGUGGGUGUUUCCUCAAGUAAAAAUCGCGCAGAAGAAGCAGCGGAACAAGCAACUUUGGCCCCUCUUAUUGGUUCAUCGAUACAGUCCGCUACUGGUGUUGUGUACAAUAUAACCGGUGGAAAGGAUAUAACUUUACAGGAAGUUAACAGAGUAUCACAGGUGGUUACGAGUUUGGCGGAUCCAUCAGCUAAUAUAAUUUUCGGGGCUGUUGUUGAUGAUCGCUACAGUGGAGAGAUUCAUGUAACUAUCAUUGCUACCGGUUUCUCCCAGUCAUUUCAGAAAACACUACUAACAGAUCCCAAAGCGUCAAGGCUUUUGGAUAAAGUAAUCCAGGAAAGCAAAGGAUCUUCUACCGUUCUUUCCAAGUCAUCUCCAAACUCACUACCACCGCGGCAACCUCCUAGAAAGCUCUUCUUUUAGCCUUCUUUUAAAGCAUAACUCCCUCGAUUUUCACAUGUUCUUUUCUCAACCAUCUUGUCGUUCGUAUGCUGUAAUGGUUAUUCAUUUGUAAUGAUCUAAAAAUUCAAUGUUGAUACUUUGCAAGGUUUUUUAUUUAAUACCCCCUCUUGUCUCGAGAGAUUACA